GAUCCUACCACAUUCAUGAAAAGAUCCUAGCCGUUGAUCGAACGGUCUAAAACCAAAGCCAACUGUUUUGAGUAUGAAACCAAAGGCAACCGUUGCUUCUUAUCAAAAAGCCAAAAAAAAGUUAGAAAUUUUAUUUUGGCUCCACAAGAGUUUCAAAAUCAAUGUUGGAUUUCUCAAGCUGCAGCACAUUAAGCAACCCAUUUGGAUUCUCUUCAGCAUUUUCAAAUCUUGAUGCGAUCGCCCACACUUUGCGUCACUGCGGCAAAAUUCGCGCCAUUAGCCGAGGCAAAUCGCUCCAUUCUCAGAUAAUCAAACAUGGGUUAUAUAGCAUUGUGUUCAUUGCAAACAAUUUGAUGGGAAUGUAUUGUGAUUUCAAGCUUUACAGUGAUGCCCAAAAACUGUUUGAUGAAAUGCCUGAGAGAAAUGUAGUCUCUUGGACUACGUCGAUUUCAGCCCAUAUGCAUGCAGGAAAUCCCUAUAAAGCACUAAAAGUAUUUACCCAGAUGUUAGAUUUUGCAUAUGAAGAGCCUAACCGUUAUACUUACUCGAUCGUAUUGAAGUCUUGUGCACUGGUGGGUGAUCUUGAGAUGGGGAAAUGGAUCCAUGAUCGAGUGUCGAGAAACACCCAGUUGAGAUUUGAUACUGUUUUGGUAAAUGCAGUCCUUGAUAUGUAUGUUAAGUGUGGGAGUUUGGAGGAAGCUCGUAAAGUUUUGGAUGGGGAUUGUCCAUUGAAUUCUACUUCGUGGAAUACGAUGAUUUCUGGGUAUAUGAAAUAUGGGGAUUUGAUUGAGGCUGAGAAUUUAUUUAUUCAAGUCUCUGAACCUGAUGCUGUUUCUUUUAACACAAUGAUUGCAGGCUUUGCAAAGAGGGAGGAUUCGAUGGCGUUGGAUUAUGUUUAUAUGAUGCAUAAAGGAGGUAUUAAGCUUGAUAAUUACACUUUUCCGAGUGCUUUAAAAAUGUGUGGCUUCCUAAAAUCCGAGAGGAUGGGUGAGCAAAUCCAUGCCUACAUCAUUAAACCGGGUUUCAUGUAUAGUUCUUUUAUUGGACCUUCACUUAUUGAUAUGUACUCGAAUUGUGGACGGAUGAAUGAAGCAACAAGGUUAUGUGAUGAGUAUUCGACGUGUGUAGGAUCUGUUUCUGAUCAAUUGGCAUUAUUAAAUUCAAUGGCUUCUGGGCUUGUUCUUAAUGGUCGUGACAAAUCUUCUCUUAAUUUGGUUUCUAAGAUUCACAACUCGGGUCUUGUUCUUGAUGCAUUUAUGCUUUCCAGUGCUUUGAAGGCUUGUAUUAAUUUGCAUAACAUUAGACUUGGGCUUCAAGUUCAUGGCUUCAUAAUCACUAAUGGGUAUCAAUUAGAUCAAAUUGUGGGUAGCAUUCUAAUAAAUUUGUAUGCAAUCUCUGGAAAGUUGGAAGAUUCAUUGACAUUGUUUCGUAGUCUUCCUCAUAAGGACAAAAUUUCAUGGACGGUACUAAUUACCAAUUGUGUUCAAAAAGAAUCAAUCCAAUUAGCAUUUUCUCUAUUCAGACAAAUGAUAUACCGUAAAAUUGAAGCAGACCACUUUGUUAUCUCAAGCAUUCUCAAAGCUUGUGCUAGUCUACCAUGGCUGCGAGGAGGAGAACAGGUACAUUCUUUCUGCAUUAGGGGUGGAUUUGAAUCAGAUAACUUCAUUCUUGCAUCUCUUAUCGAUUUGUACUCAAAAUGUGGCAAUAUUGAUGAUGGUCUCAAAGUAUUCGAAAGUGUCACCCAAAAGGAUACAGUUUGUUGGACAGGAAUUAUAGUGGGUUGCGGGUACAAUGGAAGAGCAAAGGAAGCAAUUGAGCUACUUCAAACUAUGACUAAUUCAGGUGAAGAGCCAAAUAACAUCACAUUUCUUGGGGUUCUUUCUGCUUGUAGACAUGCUGGUUUAGUUAAAGAAGCAUGUGAUAUGUUUAAUAGAAUGAGAGAGAAUCAUGGGUUGGUUCCUAGUUUGGAGCAUUAUUGUGUUAUGGUUGAUAUUUUAAGCCGAGAUGGGAGGUUUGAGGAGGCAAAGAAGUUGCUAUCAGAUAUGCCUUAUGAGCCUGGUAAAAACAUGUGGAACGCUAUGCUUGGGGCUUCGAUGACUCAUCAGAAUGCUGAUCUCGGGAAACUUAUAAUUUUACCCUUUGAUUCUUCAGGAUAUGCGACUAUGGCAAAUAUUUAUGCUAGAUUGGGUAUGUGGGAGCAUGCAACUAAGUUGAGAGAGUUGAUGAGAAGAGUUAGUCAUAAGGAGUCUGGAAAAAGUUGGAUUGAAGUCGGAAAUUAUAAUAAAUAUGGAUAAAGCAUCUAAUACCAAUGACAAUGUUGGCUUUCAAUGUCUCCAUUGUGGACAAGAUAUUGAGAUUGAGAGAGAAAUCUUUUACCAAGAGAAUUGUCAACACCUUCAAGUGGUAAAAAGUGUUGAUACAGACGACUCUGCGUCUAGUUUGGACUCCUAAAGUUUAUCUGUGAAGUGAAUCUGCAGAGUGUGGAACUGUUGGAGCAGAUAAAGGUGAAUGAUCCCUUCAGCUUAUGCCAGAAUAAUGUGUGAGUACCAUCCGUGCUAAACUUGGCAUGGAGAGAGCUUAUGCCAGAAUAACUAGAAUGACAUUGACAUUUUGUCGAUGUGGUUUAGUUUGGCACGGGACUUUAAUCAAGUUGAGACUUGGGAACGGAUGAAGUUUUUUUCUUUUUUUGGCUGUCAACGAGGCGACGAGGGUAUUCUCUGUCGCAGUUAUCGUGUCUGCUGCGACUCUCUGGUGUCCACUAAGGCUGAUGUCCGUCGAGGUGAUCUAGCUAGUGGGUGUGAUUAUAUUGUUCGAUGUCAGGUCAGAAAAGAGAAAUCCUCAGUCCAAUCUGAGCAACUCGGUUCUUCCAGGAAUGUUGGCGUAUCUCAUUUCGCAUUUUCAAAUUCCUGGCGACUGAGAUGAAAUCUCAAGGUACGCAGGGAGCAAUAAAUGGAUAGGACUUCAGUGAAGUCUGGGUAUCGCAAUUCGCAACUAUCUGUGCGUUUUGAGGGUUAAAAAU